UUACGUAUGAACAUAACCCGAGAACUUGAAACUGUUUUGACGUUUGAGAGAGUUAUUUUAUCAACAUUGUGUUUUCAUUUCUGCUAUUGAAUUAAAAAAUACCUACUUUCCAAAAUGACUAUGGCAAUGCUGCAACGAAGAGCCAAUGUAAGGCUACCUCCAGAAGUAAACAGAGUAUUAUAUAUAAGGAAUUUACCCUAUAAAAUUACUGCUGAAGAAAUGUACGACAUUUUUGGGAAAUAUGGAGCAAUUAGACAAAUCAGGGUGGGAAAUACUGCUGAAACUAGAGGAACAGCUUUCGUUGUUUAUGAAGAUAUAUUUGAUGCGAAGAAUGCUUGUGAUCAUUUAAGCGGGUUUAAUGUUUGUAAUAGGUACUUGGUAGUUUUAUAUUAUCAAAGCAAUAAAGCAUUUAAACGAGUCGAUGUGGAUAAGAAGAUGGAAGAAAUAGAUAAGUUGAAAACGAAGUACAAUCUAAACGAGGAAAAAAAAUAACAACAUGGUUUUCUAAAUUUCAUAAAAAUUACAGAAACAGUCGGAUUUUGUGACAAGAAUUUUUUUUAUUCGAGAACAAAUCUUCCUUAGGUUUAAUCGUUAUAAAAUAAGUAUCUGAGCAUUGUAGAUAUACGAUAUAAAUAACUUAAUAAACGAUUUC